CGAACCCAUCCUCCAUUCCUCCACACCGCACCAGGGUCAUCCCCCACCUCCUCUCUCGCUCUCCAACCACCGCCGAGACCUCCCCACCACCACUUACCAUCGAAACGCCGCGAAUGGAGCUCCUCGACAUGGUGCCCGCGGACGCCAUCGCGCUGCGCCUCUACUCCCUCCCCGCAGCGGUAGCCGCCGCCGCCUCGCUGUACUACGCCUGGCUCGUCGCCGCGCUCGCUGCCGCCGUAGGUCUCUGGCGCAUCCGCGCGGUCAGCGCCGGCGUUCGCAGAGGCAGCGCCAUCGUCGAUGACAAGUCGAAGGCCCAGUCUCCUUCGCCGUCUCCUGCCAUCGAAGAGCCGCGGCUGGCGGCUCCGGCCGAGCCGGCGUCCCCGAGCGGCGAGCCGAGCACGCCGUCCAAGGUCCGGUUCACGGUGUACUACGGUGUUUCGGGAGACGCCGACGACGGAGUUGUGGACGGCGUCAGGAGAUGCGCGGACGACGACGACAGGGUCGACGGCGAGGUAGACGCGGUCCUGCGAAGGACGGCGUCGGCGCCGGAGAGAAGAAGGGCGAAGGCCCUGGCGGCGGCGGCGCCGUGGGAGGAGAGGGAGAUGGCCGUGAGGCGGAGGGGCGACCUGGGGUGGUACCGCCACCUCGACAUGGCGGCGCUCGACGGCAGCGUCGUGAAGCUGUGGGACGGCGAGCUGACGGCCUCGCCGAGAGCGCGGAGGAGGAGGGCAGGAUUGGAAUUACAGUUGUCAUUUUAGAGAUGGCAUAUGGUUAAUCUGUAUAUUGUUGUUGUAGGAGUAAUGGAAUGAUGUUAUUAGGUGGAUAUGGCAAUUUUGCCCUUUGAUAUUGUCGUAAGUUAUGGCCAAGGCCAAAGGGCGAAGAUGGGCUCUUUGUGUGCGAUGGCACAAUUGGAAACUGAUAAAUGUCAGUGGUAUCCUAGCUCAGAUCCUUGCAUC